AUGAGCAACAUGCAGGAAGACAAGAAGAUGAAGGUAAAGAAAGGAUGGCUUGCAGUUCGAGUUGGUUUAGAGGAUGAAGAUGGUGGAUUUCAAAGAUUUGUAAUUCCAAUUUCAUACCUAUACCACCCUCUUUUCAAGACACUCUUAGAGAAAGCUCAUGAAUUUUAUGGCUACCACACCACUGGACCACUAAGGCUACCAUGUUCUGUGGAUGAUUUUCUUCAUCUCCGGUGGAGGAUUGAGAAAGAGUCCCAUCGUCAAAACCACCAUAGCCACCACCAUCAUCACCUUCCUAGCUCUUUAUCUUUUCACUCUUGUUGA